AUGCCCUCACCUUCUGGAGUGAGAACUAGGGUUCGACCUGCUCGAUCGAUGGAGGAAGCCCAAGUUCCUACUACUCAGCUCACUCCUACUUUAGAGGCUGAUUUUAGAGGAGCUAUUGCCAUGCUCAAUCAAGAAUUAAGAAAAGCAAAAAUUGAAGAGUUCGGGAACUUGAAACAAGAGGGGAUGACCGUGAAGGAAUACAAACUUAAGUUCAUCCAACUAUGUAGAUAUGCUAAAGAGAUAAUUCCAGAUGUGAGGUCUAAGAUUAGAAAGUUUUUCUCCGAAUUGGGUAGACAUGUGAAAAAGGAGUAUAAGGCAUCAUUGCUAAUUUCCGACAUAGAUAUUUCUGGAUUGAUGGUGCAUGCUCAGCAGAAUGAGGAUGAUAAGAAGAAAGAUAGAGAAUAG